CCCGUGUCCGUGGCCAUGAUGUCCCCGCAGAUGAUCACGCCGCAGCAGAUGCAGCAGAUCCUGUCCCCGCCCCAGCUCCAGGCCCUCCUGCAGCAGCAGCAGGCCAUAAUGCUGCAACAGCUGCAGGAAUACUACAAGAAGCAGCAGGAGCAGCUUCACCUGCAGCUGCUGACCCAGCAGCAGCAGCAGCAGCAAGCCGGAAAGCAGCAACCCAAAGAGCCGUUGGGGAACAAGCAGCUGGCCUUCCAGCAGCAGCUCCUGCAGAUGCAGCAGCUCCAGCAGCAGCACCUGUUAAACCUGCAGCGCCAGGGGCUGGUGAGCCUCCCGCCGGGGCAGGGCACCGUGCCGCUGCAGAGCCUGCCCCAAGCUGUGUGCCCCUCGGACCUCCAGCAGCUCUGGAAGGAGGUCACAGCCACCCAGCCCGUCGAGGACAGCAUCAAGCAGGAAGGUCUCGACCUCACCACCAACACCUCCAACUCUACCUCGUUUUCGGCCGCCAAGGUCUCGCCUCCCAUUUCCCAUCACCCUCUGCCCAAUGGACAGAGCACCAUGCACACGCCGAGAAGGGACAGCUCUUCCCACGAAGAGACCCCCGGCUCCCACCCGCUCUACGGCCACGGAGAGUGCAAGUGGCCCGGCUGCGAAACCCUCUGUGAGGACUUGGGGCAGUUUGUCAAACACCUCAACACAGAACAUGCACUUGAUGACCGAAGCACGGCCCAGUGUCGAGUCCAGAUGCAAGUGGUACAGCAGCUGGAGAUACAGCUGGCCAAGGAGAGCGAGCGUCUCCAGGCCAUGAUGGCCCAUCUUCACAUGAGACCUUCAGAGCCAAAGCCUUUCAGCCAGCCUGUAAGCGUGAGUCCCUUCCUGCCCUCUGCAUGCCCCUCUGCGACCUUUUCCCGUGGCUGCUGGCCCUCCCUGCCCUCUGCAUGGGCACCGGCACGGGCUCG